UCGCCAACGCGCAAGACGUCAUACGCAUGCGCAGGAAAGUGACCGCUCUACCGUUUGAGCUUUUGGAGAAUUUAAACGUCCUAAAACUUUUAAUUUCGGUAUUUACGUAGUAAUUAAUUUUGUCAAGAACAGCCGCAAUGGACAGUAGUGUUGAUGGUGAUGAGCAAGAAGAAACAAAGUCCUCACCUCAAACUGGUCUGCUGUCUCCUGCUGUGGACCGUAAUCCUUCACCACCUCCGGACAAAGCUGAUGGAGAGGAGGAUGAAGACCUUGAUGCCAUUGGGGACACUGUUUACAGCAAGCACUGGCUUUUCAGCACAUUGACACGCCUUAUAAAUAUGGUCGCAAAGCAUUCAGAAGAAAACUCUGAAGGUCAGAUGCAGCUCUCUGAGGAUGAUGAAGAAGAUCUUUGUAAAGUCUGGGACAUGGCAAUGGACAAGGAUGUGGCAGGUUUUCUGCAAGAAUUUAAAGUGGCUGAUAUCCUCCUUGGUGUCAUCGCCAAGUCCCGAUGCCCACGUCUUACAGAAAUUUGUGUUGGAAUCCUUGGAAACAUUGCUUGUUUUCCUGACACAUGUGAGGCUCUAAGCCAAAAUGAAGACUUAGGUGCUGUGCUGUUGCUUCUUCUUGGAGAUGCAGAUCCUCCAACUCUCCUGGAAACCAGCAGAUUACUGCUGAUGUGUUUGUCUCAGAAAGACGUCUGUUCCCUUUGGCUCCAUCGAAUACGACAACAGGCGUCUGUUUGCUCCAACUUGUGUUUCAUCAUGAGCAGUUCAACCAACACGGACCUAUUGGAGAAGGUGGGAGAGCUGGUUGACAAACUGUUUGACCUCGAUGAAGAAUUAAUGGAGAGCUGGAUCACAUCUCAGCCACAUGAGGACGAGGAGGAAGAGGACGGUCAAAACCAGCUGGAUGUGAUUUUGUGUCUCCUUGAAGCAGCUAAACAGCUGAGAUCAGAGAGUCCAAAUGGCCUAGAGGUUUACCUUCACAUCCUCCAGCUGCUCACCACUGUAGAUGAGGGCCUUCAGGCUUUUGCUGCUCCUGAUGGGCCGGGUAAAUCAGUGUGGGACUUUGUCUGUGACAUUGUGUGCGAGGAUCUCUGUCAGACAAACGACCUUUCAGUUGUCUUUCAUGAGCGGAAGAGCAUGAUGGUUCAGACGUUUUCUGUGCUGCAGGCUCUUUAUAGAUGUCACAGUCAGUGGUGCAGCAGAAGUGAUGCAAGUCUGCCUCUUAUUGGAACCAUUUUCCAAGCGUGCCAGUACCACAAAGAUGAAGACACAAAUAAAGAAGAUGCUGACGAUGAACAGCUGAGUGCUCUGGCUGAGAUCACAACCGAGUUUCUAGCUGACCUGUGCAGUCAGAUGUCUAAGGAUACCGUUGCAGAUUUGAUAAAAGAAGGUUACCUGACAGAGAAGACUUGUCUCGCAGCUGCUUCCUGUUUACUUCCCGAGUUUAAGACUUCAUUUCAGCACCUACAAGCUGCAUUGUCAGAGGUUGAUCCCCGUUUGGCAGAGGUGAUGAGGACAGAGUUUCCUGUUUGAGGCCGAGCAGAGUUCAGCUCUUAUUCAGUCUGCCACUGCUGCUUUUCUUUUUAUAGCUGCCAGUGUUUCCUC